CACCCACCACUCAUCUUGGGUAGAAUCAUUAGUUCCCAAAACCAACCCAAUCCAUCAAAACCAGCAAACUCCCCACCCAAAACCAAAAAAAAUCGCCACAAUUUCAUAAAAAUGGAGUUACUCUAUCUCUUAGGCUCCAUAAUUUGGAAUUCCAUUAUCUCCUUUGCUCUUUCUCUCCUCCUCCCCUUCCGACUCCUCAUCCGUCGGGCAUUCCCUUCCGAUGACGACGGCAUCAUUCUUUACGAAGGAGUUGUUUGGCACGAACGCCGCCGUCCUGUCCACCACUCUUUUAAAUACAAUGUUCGUUAUGCGCUCAUUCAUCUUGAUGUCUCGCCUCUUUCACCUUCUUCUAACCAUCUAUCGGCUGACGAGGCUCGAAACAUUACUGGGACUACUGGCCCCGUUUUUCUCUUAACAAUACCGCCUAGUGUGGGAUAUGAACAGAAUCCGUUGAGUUUAUACUACUGCUAUGACCAAGAAAACUCUUCUACCAGUUUGAAGAAGUGUAUUGCAGAGGUAACUAAUACACCUUGGGGAGAAAGAGUUUCAUUUGUUUUUAACCCAAGCUCAGACGUGGUUGCAAAAGCAUUACAUGUUAGCCCUUUCAUGGACAUGCAAGGAAGUUGGAAAAUCAAGGCAACAGCACCUAGAAAUGAUUUGUCAGUUGUUAUCUCUGUUCAUCACCCGGAUCUUGGCGAACAUUUCUGUGCUAUAUUAAGAGCGCAAAGAGUGAGUUCCUCGAAGGUUGAUCAAUUAUUCUUCUUCUGGUUGAUGCCCCACAAAGUUGCGGUUUGGAUAUAUUGGCAUGCUCUUAAGCUUUGGUGGAAAAGUGUUUCAUUCGUCCAACAUCCUAGGUAUAAUAAUCCAGCUUAUAGAGAGGAAGCUGUAUCACGUGACAAGAAGUUAAAUUGCUGCAAGGCAGGGGACUUUGAAACAAGUUUGUGCCCCAGAGAAGACAGAAAUGUAAUAGAUCAUCAAUUUAGUUGGACUGAUGCAAAAUGGCCUUGGUCAUAACUGCUACAAGGUGGGAAGGAUAAGCAACUAAACUCAACCCUGUUUAGCUGAGUUGGAGGAGAGUGAAAGUGUGAAACUUUAUUUAUGCUGCGGUUGAAAAGGAUAUUGGGGAUGAACCUAGAUCAUUGAAGACAUUGUUCGGACCUUAUUGGUGAGCAUACCAAACAUAAGAAACUUGAUGAAAUGGCAUGUAAUGAGGUGUGAGCAAAAGUUGUAAGUUUUCAUGUACAUGGUAACUUUUGCUUGUAAUUCUUAACAUACUCUUUGGUCAGGUUUAUUAUAUAAUUCACAUGUAUGCUCUUCGAUUAUACAUCAAAGCCUCAUGAUAACCUAUGACCA